UGAUCAGAAUGCUGCAAUGGUUUUAUUGUUGCUGAUUGGGUUCAUUUGUGUAAGAUCUUCACCAUGGACAAAUUACAAUUCAUACAGCUACGUUGAAAUUGUCUGCAUAUAUGACUUAAUUAUGAUCUUCAUUUUUUACAUUGUCUACAUCUUUAGAGCCUAUCGAAAGUUAACUUGCAUCAGCUGGCCACUUGCGGAGUUUCUUCAUUACCUAAUAGGUACUAUUCUGCUUCUUAUUGCAUCCAUUGUGGCAGUUGCAAAAAGCUCCAAUUCAGCAGGCCUGGUAGCUGGAGCGGUCUUCGGAUUCUUAGCUACAUUUAUGUGCUUCCUAAGUAUAUGGCUCUCUUACAAAGUUUCUUGUAACACUCAGUCAGCAGAUGCUACCAUGUGAGUAUUUUUCUACUUCAAAAUGUGCACACCUGCUGAGGGAAGAGCUUAGAAAAACAUGCAUGAUGGAAUGGUAUACUGAGAUCCAGUAAUCUGACUUCAGUGACUGAAAAACAUUCUUACUGGACAUAGAGUGCCAUCUUCUGGCAGUUUUCAUCUAUUCCUGAGGUGACUGUACAGCAGCCUGCUUCAUCUGGUCAAAUUUUUGGAUUCUGGGAGACAAGAAGGGCUGCAGUAAAAGAUCCUGUGGGAAGGAAAGGGUCUGUCUUUUAAACAAAGAGAAAUGAUCCUCUUUUAAUUCCAGCUGCCAAUAUUUCAUGCAUUGUAGACCAUUUCUUUAUGGCCUAGACCACUAAGGAGAGUCCAAAUUUAAAAAAAUCAAGAUGGAAAAUAUAUCCUGCAUCAAUCCAGCUAUGACUGACAAAAGUUGGAAACAUUCACCAUGAACCAACAACCGCUGGAUCAGAAAUCAUUUUCUUACCUCUCUGCAUCUCAUCAUCUUGAAAUUGUUCUUAAAAUUGGUGUCUCAUUUAACCUGCUUUGAAUAUGAGUUUGCUUUAAUAAGAUGGUUUAAGAUGGUUCCACCCCAAUUUUUUUAUUAUGCUACCCAUAAUGAAUUCCAUUUUUAGGGCAAACUUUUAAAUAUUCUUGUUCAACCAUACAGCUUAAAUGUUAUAUUCUUUUGAUUUCUUUUUGGGGGGGCUUUUAUUUCUCUUGCCAUGUAUUUUUAUUAUAUUUCUUAUAACUAUAUGCCUAUCAAUAGAAGAUCCAUUAAGAAUGAAGAAUGUUUAUUAAAAAUCCACUGCAUUCUACUAUUUCUUUUACAUAUUGUGAUACAUUACAAUAAUUUACACUUAUUACUAACGUACAUGGAAAAUACAAUUCUUUGUAAU